UUCAACGUGUGGUUCUCCUUCUGUCGUUGGUGGAACUUCGACCAGCAGUCGUGCAGCACAUCGGCGAUCUCUCAAACGGCUUAGGACCCAAGCUUCGUUGGCUUCUGAUCAAUUAAUGCCUUCUGAACCACAUAUUCGUUGGCCUGAAUAUAGACAACCAGGUCCUCAUUUGCGUACACAGGAAAUGAAAUUACCUAGCAAUACAGCACAACGAAAACUUAAUAAUAUUGGAAUGGUUGUUACUUCACUACAAAUUGUUUCAAUUGGUUUGGAGUAUCCCCCAGCAACAGAAGAAAUUGUUAAACUUUACAAUGAUUUUCGUUCAAAUAUUGUUCUUUUACAAGAACUUAAAACAGCGGUAUAUAAUACAGAACAAGAGCUUGACCAAUUGUCAAAUCGGUUGAGAACAGAAAAAAAUAUUGAACUUUCAAUCGAGCCAAGACUUAGAGUUAGUGAAGCAUUUUAUGAAGAAUUUACUAGAAAUCCAGCUAGUUUAAACGAAAUAAAUUUAAUAGAAGGGGAAGGAAAAUCUUCAGGGAAAACUGGAGGGAAGGGAGGUAAACAACAAAAACAAUUACCAAAACUAGCACCAGUAACUUCUCGAAGGAUUACAAGAAUGAUUGAAACAAAUCCGAUUUCUGUGACACAGACACGGAAAAAGCGUACAACAAUUACUGCUGAAGGAACUUUAACAAGAUCAUCAAUUCAACAAUAA